AUGUCGAACCAAUUUAUUGGGCUUACCAUGUUGGUGACGUUAAGUUCUCCACCUGGUGCACAAUUGCGAGGUAUCGUCAGUAGUAUCGAACCGGGUAAAAGCUUGACUUUACGAGAAGUUACAUGCCCAUCUAACGGCAAAUAUGUCCCUGAGUUUACAAUUAACGCGGCGGAAAUUACGGAAUUGAUUGAGGCUCGGAAUGAAAAUGUCAAGCCGCCCUCUCCGGUUAUACAACAGAAGCCAGCGGUUGUACCUGCGUCGGUUGCGAAAAAGUUUGAGGAUCCGGCGAUUCUGAGCAUGGGAAGGAGGCCGGGAUCGGUAGCUUCUCCUGCAGCAUCGAUUCCAUCGUAUUCUCAAUUGGAGAGUGCUUCGAUGGAACGCGAUGGUUCAGCCCGAACUGUUGUUGGUCGUGAGAAUAGGCGCAAAGAACAGAAUACUUCAUCCACCUUGCCCGAUAGUUUGACAAGUCAGGAAAUACACGAUCAGGCGGAACUAGAGCAUAAAGAAGCGGAGAUUUUGGAAGAACUCGAUACAGAACUAGCUGGAUUGUCGGUAGAGCCCGCUUUGACCAAAUCAGGACGACAACGAACUCGCAGGAGAAAGAACCAAGGAAAGAAGCCUGUAGAACGUGUCUUCCAGGAGCCAAUCGUUGGCCCUUCCAAAAAUACCCCCGGAUCAAAAGGUUGGAGACAAACUCCUUUGCUGGAACCGGUCACUUCAUUUCAACCAUUUGCAACCCUGAAAAAGUCUCAAAGAAGGGGUAACAGGAAUAUGGACGAGAACGGAUGGGCUACUGAAGAAGCAACCGACGUGCAAGAGAUGGGAGAUUUUGACUUUGCUGGUAGUUUGGCAAAAUUUGACAAGAAAUCUGUUUUCAACCAAAUGCAGGCUGAGGACGCUAUAGCAGAAUCAGACCGCCUAGUCGGACACAAUCGCUUACCCAAGGCAAAGCCCGGAACGUAUGGGGGAAAGAAUCUUCAUCCUACCGAGAAUGUUUUGGAUACGCCAAACGGUGCGACAAAGGCUCCCGAACUUUGGAAGAGUGACGCUGAUGAUACCGACAUCCAAGAAAUAAGUAGUCAGAGAGGUUCAGGGAGUGGUAGAAACUCUCGUGCACGAAGACCAGAGAAUAAAAUAGCCAACCAUCACAGACCUAUUUCACGGAAAGGAAGUACUGUUCCAAGCUCCCAACCAUCACGAAAUAUUUCAGUGGCGCCGUCAAAGCCUAUGUUGUAUCUUGUUCCUUCAGAUCGUCGAUGUGAGCCUAUCUCUGCGCUACAGAUGCUUAACCUGGAGAAUAUCGCAGAUGCUGAACUUGGCCUCACCGAAGACAUGAUGACUGAGAAUGCAGGUCGUGGUAUUGCUGAAGUUGGAUUGUCGGCUGUGAACACUGGAGGUCGUGGUUUGACCCAAGGCAAGAAGUCUACUGUUCCAACGGUUAUAGUCUUCGCCGGGAACAAUAAGAGUGGACUCCGAGCUGUAGCAGCAGGUCGACAUCUCCGAAAUCACGGUCUUAACGUUGUGGUUUGCGUCCUCGGUCUUGAACGUGAUUCCGAACUUUUAGUUGGGCUUAGAUGUCAAAUCAAAGUUUUCCGCAGUUUUGGUGGUAAAGUUUUUACCAAGACCGAACUUCUUGAUUUCAUUAAAACAUCAGGCGCACCUAUCGAUCUCAUUAUAGAUGGUCUUCUUGGUCUCACAAUGUCAUUCGAAGAAUUACGAACAGGUGAUCAGGCUGCAGCUUACGAACUCAUUGAAUGGGCCAACCGAAGUAAAGCAUCGGUUCUCGCCAUUGAUGUUCCUACGGGCAUUGAUCCCACGAGUGGAAAGGUCAGUGUAAUUGAUGGACGAAAAUUAUACAUCCACGCGAGAUAUGUCGUUGCAAUGGGAGCACCUAAGAAAGGUCUAUUAGAAGCAAUGAGUAUGGGUGAGGGAGUUGGUGACGAGGAGAAAUCAGGAUUAGGAAUUACAAGUGCAAACGCGAAAGCGAGUGGGGAAUGGCAACUUUUCGUUGCGGAUAUUGGACUUGGGAUGGCGGUUUGGAAGAAAGCUGGUACGAGAGUCAGAAGAGGAGUGGAGUUUGAGGGUAGUUGGGUAUUGGGAAUGAGGUUUCAGAGCGGUGCGGUAGUUGCAUGA